CUUCAUUGCUUGCAGCUUGCCCAUCCACUUCUGCUGGAGCUGGACCGACUCGCCAGCUUCGAGUGCAGUGCCUCCUAGUCAACUCCUGCGCGGGAGAGUGUGUGAGAGAUAGAGGGGGAGAGUACAUCGGCCAUGGAUGUGGAGAGCUCCCCGGCGGCCGGGGCCUCCGUGGACUGGCGCGGCCGCCCGUGCCGCCCGCGCCGGCACGGCGGCAUGCGCGCCGCCGUCUUCGUCCUAGUGUUCCAGGCGGCGCAGACGAUGGCGCUGGCGGCGGUGGGGAGCAACCUGAUCACCUACGUCUUCGGCGAGCUCCACUUCCCGCUAUCGCAGGCGGCCAACGUGGUGACCAACUUCGUCGGCACCGUCUUCAUCCUCUCCCCGCUCGGCGGCUUCCUCUCCGACUCCUACGCCGGCUGCUUCUGGACGCUCCUCGCCUUCGGCGCCGUCGAGCUCGCGGGCUUGAUAUUACUGUCGGUGCAAGCACAUCUACCACAGCUCAAGUCAGCGCCGUGCAACAUGCUCACCAUGGUCGGCAGCUGCGAGCGGGCCAGCGGCUUCAAGGCCACCAUCUUCUUCGUGGCGCUCUACCUGGUGGCGCUCGGCAGCGGCUGCGUCAUGCCCAACAUGACCGCGUACGGCGCCGACCAGUUCGCCGGCGCGGCGGACAAGGACGCCAAGAGGCUGCCGACCUACUUCAACCUGUCCUACUUCGGCUUCUGCGCCGGCGAGCUCGUCGCGCUGACGGCGAUGGUCUGGGCGCAGACGCGCUACGGGAUGGACGUCGGGUUCGGCCUGGCCGCCGCCGCUCUGGGGGCCGGGCUCAUCAGCCUGGUCUCCGGCGUGGUGUUCUACCGGAACAAGCCGCCACGGGGCAGUAUCUUCACUCCGAUUGCAAGGGUUUUUGUUGCUGCAUUCACCAAGAGGAAGCAAAUCUGCCCUUCUGGCUCUUCCAACCCUGCCAACGGCGGAGCCGGUGAUCCGGCGGCGACCGUCGACGACAACUUCCGUCACGCCAAUAAAUUCAGGUUCUUGGACAAGGCGUGCAUCAGGAUCGCGCCGGAGCCGGAUACGGAGCCGGAGAGCCCGUGGCGGCUCUGCACGGCGGCGGAGGUGCAGCAGGCAAAGACGCUCCUCGCCGUGCUGCCCAUCGUGGCGUGCACCAUCGUCUUCAACACCGUGCUGGCGCAGCUGCAGACCUUCUCGGUGCAGCAGGGCAGCGCCAUGGACACCAGGCUGGCGCCGGGCUCCUCCUCCUCCUUCGCCAUCCCGCCGGCGUCGCUACAGGCCAUCCCCUACGCCAUGCUCCUCGCGCUCGUCCCGGCCUACGAGCUCCUCCUCGUCCCGCUGCUGCGUCGGCUCACGGGCACCCGGUCCGGGAUCACCCCGCUCCAGCGCAUCGGCGUGGGCCUCUGCGUGGUCGCGCUCUCCAUGGCCGCCGCCGCGCUCGUCGAGCGCCGGCGCCGGGACGCCGCCGCGUCCGGCGGCGGGAGGCUGUCCGUGUUCUGGCUCGUGCCGCAGUUCCUCGUCUUCGGCGUGUCGGAGCUGUUCACCAACGUGGGGCUCAUGGAGUUCUUCUACAAGCAGGCGGCCGCUGGCACGAUGCAGGCCUUCUUCAUGGCGCUCUUCUACUGCUCCUUCUCCUUCGGGUUCUUCCUCAGCUCUGUGCUGGUCUCGCUGGUGAACCGGGCCACGGCGAGGGGCGGCCGGCGCGGCUGGCUCGGCGACAACGACCUCGACAGGGACAGGCUGGACCUCUUCUACUGGGUGCUCGCCGCGCUCAGCGUGCUCAACUUCUUCUGCUACCUGCUGUGCGCGAGGUGGUACAACUCCGGCGGUGCGGGCGGCUCAGGUGAGGCCGCCUCCGGCGAGGCCGCGUCCGAGGACGACGACGACGGCAAGGGGCUCAUCUGAAGAGACCAAGAACGAGCAAGAUACUGAAACUGAUCGAUGUAUAUGAGCAUGGUCCUCUUUUAUUAGGAAGUAUACAGGGUCUCCUAUAUAUAGAGAAGAGAAGAAUGGUAGAUAGUAGCAUGCAUACCAAGUGUGAGUGCGACGCCAAUGAUUUCUACCGGAAUUGGCCAGAGAUACCACCCAUUGUGCCGCCCAUUCAUGUCAACGAGCACUUAUCAUAUUUGUAUACCUGUCAAUUGAUUGAAA